GCUCCGGCCAUGGCCUAGCGGCGGCGGCCGGGCCGCAAGAUGAGUUUCCCGGCGGAGGACGGCGUGGGCAGCCUGUGCCACAAGGCGCUGCAGAUCAUCUCGGAGCURUGCCUGGGCGGGCAGGUGGAGCGGGAGAAGUGCGCCGGCAUCUUCCCCUUGGAGAGCGCCCGGCAGGGCAUCGGCGGCGCAGACAUCUCAGUCAGCCUGUUGGCAGUCGUGGUCAGCUUCUGUGGGCUCGCCUUGCUGGUGGUCUCGCUCUUUGUCUUUUGGAAGUUGUGCUGGCCCUGCUGGAAGAGCAAACCUCUCACUUCCAGCACCAACAAUGUCCCACAGAGCAGCUCCAGCGCUCCCACCGAGGUUUUGGAGAACAGCGAGAAAAAGGAAGUUAAAGAAAAUGGGAAAGCCGCCAGCAAGGGGCUGGAAGCGGCGCUGAAAAUCAGCCACACUUCACCUGACAUACCCGCAGAGGUGCAGAACGCCCUGAAGGAGCACCUGAUCAGACACGCUCGCAUGCAGAGGCAGAUCACAGAGCCCACAUCCUCGUCCAGGCACAAUUCYUUCAGGAGGCACCUGCCCAGGCAGAUGCAAGUGUCCAGCGUKGAUUUCAACAUGGGGAUGGACCCGGUUUUGCAGAGGGGAGAGACAACGACCAGCAUUGGCAGAAUMAAACCAGAGCUCUACAAGCAGAAAUCUGUGGAUUCUGAUGGGCAGCAAGAAGACGUGAAAACMUGUGGGAAACUGAACUUCACGCUCCGGUAUGAUUAUGAGAAUGAACUCCUGGCUGUCACAAUUGUCAAAGCCUUAGAUCUGCCUGCUAAAGACUUCACRGGAACAUCCGACCCCUACGUUAAGAUUUAUCUGCUGCCAGAUAGGAAAAAGAAGUUUCAGACACGAGUUCACAGGAAGACAUUAAAUCCUGUCUUUGAUGAAACCUUUCAGUUUCCUGUGGCCUAUGAUCAACUCAGCAACAGGAAACUGCAUUUCAGUGUUUAUGAUUUUGACAGAUUUUCUAGGCAUGACAUGAUUGGGGAAGUUAUUCUUGAUAACUUUUUUGAAGUCUCAGAUCUCUCCAGGGAAGCCAAUGUAUGGAAAGACAUCCACUGUGCCACCACAGAAAGCAUAGAUUUAGGUGAGAUCAUGUUUUCCCUUUGCUACUUGCCUACUGCUGGGAGAAUGACAUUGACAGUCAUCAAAUGCAGGAAUCUCAAAGCAAUGGAUAUAACAGGCGCAUCAGACCCGUAUGUCAAAGUGUCGCUGAUGUGCGAGGGGAGGAGGCUGAAGAAGAGGAAGACCACCACCAAGAGGAACACRCUGAACCCCGUUUACAACGAGGCCAUCAUCUUUGACAUCCCCCCGGAGAAYGUGGACCAGGUCAGCCUCUCCAUCGCCGUGAUGGAUUACGAUCGAGUAGGGCACAAUGAGGUCAUUGGAGUGUGUCGGACAGGAAUCGAUGCCGAAGGGCUUGGAAGAGAUCAUUGGAAUGAAAUGUUGGCUUACCCACGUAAACCAAUAACCCACUGGCAUCCUCUAGUAGAGCUGCCUGGCCGAGCAACCAGUUUUGAUAGCCAGGGAUCGUGCUCCUCUCCAAAACCACCUCUUACACCCUAGGGAGCAGCAGUGGAUUCCUCAUGGUCAGCUCCCAAACCUCCCUCGUAGCUCACAUCUCCAUCAACAGAAGGUUCGGCUUCCGCGGWUGAACUGKAUCCGUAUUUUUUUAAUCCAAAUMCAUAUUUUUCCUAUUCUAAGUCUUACAUGACARUUUAUAGUAGUUUGUUCAUGUGUGAAUGAGGUUGACUCGAGUCAAAAAGAGCCCUUCYUCAUGCAGAUUCGUUCACCUGUUUUAUCUCUGGCAUAUAUCCAGUGUCAUAUCCAAGCAGUGUUUUGAUGGGACCUUUUCUAAGGCAAAGAAAUCAGAAAAAAAAAAAAUCCCUUCAGCAAUUCAAAACUACUGCAGCUUUUCACACCUAAUUCUUUUGAGGGAGAGCAAAUACUCAUAUAUAGCUCAUGUAGUAAAUUCCUUCUAAAUUGCACUAAAUCCUCUAUGACUUUGCAAGACAGCACUUCAAACUGAGUGUUGCACGAAUAAAACCCRACUGUUGUCAUGUUUUGGGUGUUUGGAAAAAUCAGUUCAUUCCUUGGGCAGGGAGGAAGGGCUGAUCURAAGCCCACUGGAGCUGGUGAGAAGGAUCUUUUGGCUUCCAGGGGUUUUAGUCCAGCCCUUCUGGAAGAGGUGUGAGGACWGGAUCUAUGCAGUUACAACCUUCCAGCACUCAUGACAACAUCUCUUCACAAGCAAAGAUGUAGGGCAGACGAUGCUCAGAAGUAAAGGAAUCAAUUUAAUGUGAUUUAUCUCUUCAGAAAAUUGACCAAAUAUUGCAGUUACCGCCCAACAUUUCUGUGAUUCUCGAUUUCAUGCGACAGACAAUGAUUUCUUUGAGGUUAUUUAGACUGAGUGCAUAGCACACAUGGAAUUUAGUUUCUGGUUGCUGGCUGGAUGCCUCUAGAAAUAAGUUCUAAAUAUGAAUUGGAGAUGUGUUUUCUGCCAGUAUAGGGGGAGAUAAACUGAAAUGUGACUAUUUUACGAUCAAAUGAACUCAUUAAAAAACACAGUGACAACAAAUGCAAAAAAAAUACUCUUGGCUGUAGUCAGAUGCUUUUAAAACAAGAGAACUGGAUAUUAGUUUGUGGAUUUAUCUCUAAACACUGAAGUUUACCUCAAACAGAUAAUCAGAUAUUUGCUUUCUUGUUUUCCUUUUCUUUCUUUUUCUUUCUUUCUAUGAAGAGUGUAACAAGCAUUGCGUGAUCGGGUCUGAGAUUUUGAAAGCUGGACUGUGAUUAGAAAAAAGUUGUGGUGGUGGCACUUCUUGUAUCUUUGCAAUAUACAUAAAAAAAAA